AUGGCAUCCCCAAGCUUGGAAUCACCUUCCAAGCCGGUCGCCGGUGUUGGGAUAGACGUGCUGUCAGAUGUUUCCCCCGACACUGAUUCUUCGGCUGCCAGUGCAAGCCAGCCCAAGCCUGGGGCAAAGGGCGGCUUUUUGGGAACAUCUCUUCGGUAUCUCCGUUCGCUCCAGCGGUACAUCUGGGAUGAUCCGGAUAAGUCCAAGGAGGACAAAUGGUUCCUGUUCAAACUUGACGCAUUCCUCCUCGGCUCGACGUGUCUCGGCUAUUUCAGCAAGGGCCUCGACCAGUCAAACAUCAGCAACGCAUAUGUGUCUGGGAUGCGCGAGGCUCUGCACAUGAAUGGCAGUGAGCUGACCUACGCCAGCAACGUCUUCACAGCCGGCUAUGUGGUGGGCCAGAUCCCUGCUGUCAUUAUGGUGACCCGUGUCCGACCCUCAUACCUGAUUCCCACCGUCGAGAUCCUUUGGUCCGUCCUCACCUUCUGUACCAGCGCCGUUUCAUCUGUGUCGCAGUUAUACGCGCUCCGCUUCCUCAUCGGUCUCUGCGAGUCGGCAUACUUUCCUGUGGUCAUCUAUAUGGUCGGUGCCUGGUAUACCAAAACAGAGCGCGGCAAGCGGGUCACCCUCUUCUAUAGUAGCGCCACCCUCGCAGGGAUGUUCAGCGGCUACCUACAGGCCGGAGCGUAUAAAGGCCUCGACGGCAAGUUGGGUCAUUCAGGUUGGCAAUGGCUGUAUAUCAUCUGCGGCAUUAUCAGCUUGCCCAUCGGCGUACUCGGCUAUUUCCUCUUUCCAGAUUUCCCGGAAACGACACGCGCCUUCUACAUCACCGAAGCGGAACGGGAGCGGGCUAAAGAACGUUUAGUGCGUGACGGGCUCAAGCCCCUGGGAGCCUCGACCUGGAACCGAACCAAGAUCCUUCGAAUCAUGUCUCAAUGGCAAUUUUGGAUCCUGCCGAUCGGAUAUUUCCUCGUCCAAGGCGGCUUUCCUGUCCAUCAACCAGCUUAUGCCCUGUGGCUAAAGUCGACACACCACACCAUUUACCAAGUCAACGUCUGGCCAACCGGCCAAGUCGCCGUCGGUGCGGUGGUCCAGAUAUUGGCAGGCAUGCUGUCAGACUCCCCCCUGCUCAAAGGCCGACGGUGGCAAGCCAUGAUCGUGAUGAGCGCCCUGACUUUGUUCGCUACCAUCGUGCUGGCGGUGUGGGAGAUUCCAGAUGGUCUCAGAUACGUCGCAUACUAUCUAUCAUGGGCCGCUGCAGGGGUUCCUGGCAUCUAUUUUUCCUGGUACCCGGAUUUGAUGUCCCACGAUCAUGAGAUGCGCGGGUUUAUGAUCGCCGUGUCCAACAUUUUCAGUUACAUUCAAAUCAUAUGGUUCACCGAUGUCUUCUGGAGGACCGUGGAAGCUCCCAAGUUCCGCAAGGGGUGGAUUGGAUCUUCGUGCUGGGGGUUCGGGCUGAUUGUGCUCACGCUUGUCAUCCGCUCUCUUGAGCACCGAGACAUCAAAAGGCGACAAGUUCACAGCGAAGGAGCCAGUGAUGUUGAGACUGCUGGGAUAGUGACUGCGAAUUCGGACAAGGCCGACACGACUGCCCCUUCAGAGCCGCAGCGAGAAGAGAUACGUCUUCGGGAGUGA